UUUUCAAAAAGAUUACAUCAAUUGUACCAUCCGAGUACCCCUCGUCGGCAUUCUGAUUUCGUUUGUUUUUUUUUCUGUUUAUGUUUUUUUCGGAUUCAUGCGGCACAAAACGCGUGAUAAUUUUUCCGUUAAAAGUGAAUGUUUUUCUUUCAAAAUCUUCUUAAAAUAAUCCGAGUAAACAAUAUGUCCGAUGAUCGCGUAUGCCCGGAAUUCGUGGGACCGAAGUCCUCGUCCGCGAGUGCCCGAAAACGAAGCUACGAUUUCCAGUUUUCGCUACCGGGACCGGAAUUGGAUAGCCCCAGCAGCAGUGACGAUAAAAGCAGACUUUUACCGUUGCUGCAACCGAUGGACGUUGACCUGGAUGAGACAGAAAUUCGGCACCGAAACCGGCAGUUCACCUCGAAGAAACAAAAAUUGAACAACGGAACAUUUAAACGCAAAAUCCGGAAGCUGGUAAACGAAGAUCGGAAAUCGGAAAACCAGCGGUCUAGCUCAGGGUGGAGAAAUAUUUUCCGAUUGAGGAAUCUAUCUAUUGGAUCGAUUGUUGUGACGUUAGUCGUUUUGAUGGCCUUUGGCAUGAAGGAAGACUUUCGGAAUGAUUUCUUCAAACUGUACCUUAGACAGUAUUACUCUUUGCUGUACGGUGUCGAAGAUUACUGCAGUCAGGGUUUGGAUUUUUCGAACGUUACGACGGCUUUGAAACAGCGAGUCGUUGGGCAAUCGGUGGCCAUCGAUCGAGUGACGAAUUUCUUCAACGAAAACCGGAACCAGAUUUUUUCAUCGGCGGCCCUUUUGGGUCCAUCAGGAGUAGGGAAAUCUUUAAUGGCACGAGUAAUCGCGGAGAAUUUUCAGUGGCACACGAAUGUUCAUCUAUAUGAUUGGGACAGAUCUACAACUAUAGAAAAGCACUACCUGGUGUUCCAUUCAUUCAUCGACGAAAUUUGGAACCGAGUGGGUAAGGAAGGUAGCUGUGGUCGUCACUUGCUAGUGAUUGACCGACUCCCUAGUGACAAUCUGUCAUUAGUUGAUCAUAUUCACCAUCUGAUUAACUAUACUGCCCGGCAGAAUAAGCUCCCGAUAACGGUUCUGUUUGUGUUUCAAGAUUUUUCGUUUACUGGUUAUGAACGUUUCUCUGACUUAAGUACGUCGAUAGAGAAAAUUUUCCUCGAACACCUGGCCCAGGAGAAUCUUUUCGAGUGUAUCCGAUUGGAACUGGAAGAAAUGGAUGCAAAUUUCGAUGAUUGUUCGAUGGAAGAUUUGCUUGCAAGUAUCGAUGUGCAUAGGUUGGGUUGUAAGCCAGUGAGAGCCAAGAUGGGCUUGUACUGUUACGCUUGACUCGCGAAUUCUCAACUGACGAACCCUUGGUGAUAAUUAAUUUUGCAAUAUUUAUGUUCAUUAUAUUAAUUCUCUUAAAGGAAAUUAAUAAAACAAUUUCAAGAUAAAAUGCAUAUCAUCAAACGACAACGAUACUCUUAUCUGUUGAGGUUAGGAUUUGAUUUUUACUCAGUAAGCAUUCCAAAUGUUGAACCAAAGACUACGGACAUAAAAAAUAGGAUAAUAAACAAGUUCUUAUAAAGAAUUUAUUAUGCGUUUCAGUAGAUCAACGAUCUUUAAGCAAAACAUCCAAGAAACUCAAAAUAAUUAGAUCCUGAACCCGAGUAUAAGCUCAUGAUCCAGUGCAGAAACUAAAAUAUUAGUUAUUUUAUAAGAAAGAAACCCUGGAGAAGUAACUGGAAAUGACAAAAUCCACAAUCAUCGUAUAGCCUCGUGAUCAGUUAACGAAACUAAAAACGAUAAAAAACUGAACUCGGGGGAGUUAAUGGAAGAAUACCAUUAAGUGGUAAAAUCCCGGAAAGGGUAAAAGCUCUCGGUCAGGAAAAGAAUCUAAAAAUUACAGAAUCUUGAACAGAAGUGAAAACUUUGUUAAAAAUGAAGAAAUUCGAGAGACAAAAUCCUUAAUCUUAAGCGCAUGGUCAAGUGAAGCAACUUAAAAAGGGACAAAAUCCUGAACCCGAGAGUAAAUGUUCACGACAUUAUUAUGAACCCGAAUAAGCUCACAAUCGGAGAAGACGAUAAAAUGCUGGACUCAAGUAUGGAUAAUAAAUUACUAAAUCAUGGACCCGAGUAUAAGGUCAUGGUCAAGUAAAGGCGCCGAGUAUAAAUUCUUAUGAUUAGAAAAAAAAGAAAGAAGAAAUAAAAAACAGAAUCUUGAACCGAGUUUAAGCUUAAGAUCAUUGUACGAUUAUUCUCAAAUGAGCAAAUGGGCAGAAGAAGAA